UACCCGCUUCUCUUCCUUUCUCUCUCUUUCCUUCACCAAAUGGAUCCUUCCCUUGACCCCAAAUGUCCACUCCUUCCCCUUCUAUCUAUCUCACCAAUUUAGGCCUCGGCUAUUCCAUUGUCAUCGCCGUCGGUUUCCUCGUCCUCCUCUCCACCGUCCUCCUCGCUUCCUACAUCUGCCUCCGCUUCCGCUCCUCCUCUUCGCCUCGCGCUUUCUCUCCCAAUCCAACCACCGCAGCCUCCAACUCCGAUGGAAUCGUACUCCCGAGAAUCGUUUUCGUCGCCGAAGACGAAGUCAGUACUGAGAACAUAGUCGUUGGACUCGACCAGGCCGUUAUAAAUUCUUACCCCAAGUUCCAGUUCAGUAAUGAGUCGGCCGUUGCGAACUUCAACACCACGUGUUCGAUUUGCUUGUGUGAGUUUAAGGAUUCGGAUAUGCUAAGAAUGAUGCCUGAGUGUAGACAUUAUUUCCAUGUCUUUUGCAUCGAUUAUUGGUUGAAACUAAACGGGUCUUGUCCCGUCUGCCGGAACUCGCCGCUUCCGACACCACUUUCCACGCCGUUGUCGGAAGUCGUGCCUUUAUCUCAGUUCGCUUCCGACCGAAGAAGAUCUGGGUGACUUUUGGGUGCUCUUGUCUUCAUUUUUAGUUAGCAAAUUGCAGCAAUUUACGUUCUUUGAAACUUAGUUCAGGACAGAUGAAGAAGAAGGAUACGAUGGAGAAGUGCGUUUCAUACACAGAAGGAUUGGGAGUGGAGAGAUAUUUGCACAUGUAAUGGGCCAAUGCUUUAUGAAGUGGAGUCGGCCCACCAAAUCAUCCACUAUGUACCUAAUACUCUUUCUUGGACU